AUGUCUUUUCUACUUAUACUACUAACAAUCACACAGUAUGAAUUUGAAUUUUCAAAACUUUUCAAUCCAGUUGAUGCAUCGUUAACAUCACGUGAAUAUUUUAAACGAUCCGAGAGAUUUUAUGUACAAUUAUCAAGAAAUAAUAAUCGUCAGUUAACGAAAUCUCUGGAUAAUCAGAAUUCUAACAAAUGGUCUGAACCAACUGAAGGCGAGUUAUUUAAAUCAGAUAUGCUGGAGGAGAGUCAAGACAAUGAUGCCGCCGAUAUCAAAAGUAACAAUAAUCAUUAUAAUUAUAAUAUAAAUCAAAUUACUGAAAAUAAAGAAUACUACCAGUUAAUGAUUGAAAAGUAUAAAAGAAAAAUAUUACGAUUGUUAAAUUUGAAAUCAGUACCAAAUGUGAAUGUUAAUAAUGAGUCAGAGUGGAAUUCUCUACCAGGUGUAUUACGUAAUCGUUUGAAGGCGGAAAUUGAUGCAGCCAACCAGUUGAAAAAUCAGGUGAUCAGUGAUGAUAAUGAAGAAAAGGAGACAUUGAUACUAUUAAAUCAAUACAAAUUACCAGUGAAAUUACCAAAUCCAAAUAUUUUUACUUUGAAAGUAGCUGAAGAGAUCGAUCCCAUGCACAUCAGUGGAGUUACUCUACACAUUGAGAUUAAUGGCGAAAUUCGUUCAAAUGCAAAGUUUACAUGUUGGGAAAUACAUCCUACGGCAUAUUUAUCAAAAUUUUUAUGGAUUAACGGUAAAGACGAAUCAAUUGCGUCAUCACCAUCAAUGGAACAAAGGACCAAUAAUGAAAAUGAUUAUAAUGCCGGUGAAAGUUAUUCAGAACAGUCGUCUUCAACUGAUAUGUUAAUAACACCAAGUUUUAAUAAUCCUGAAAGGUCAUAUUAUCUAUCAAUUCAUGAUUAUCAAAAAAUGUUUAAAUUAAUUAAACCGGAAAUCGCUAACACAAACAUACCAGAAGGUCAUACAACAUCAGAUUUAACAGUGAAUAUAACAAAUCGUAUGAUACAAUGGUUAAAACAACAAAUGACAAAUAAUAGACCAUAUAAACCGUUGACAAAGUAUUUAUUAAUUACAUGUAAUGAAUGCGAUAAUGAAGAAAAUAUUAUAGAUCCGAAAAAGGUUGUCGUUGAAAUUCGAUAUCGUCCACGUUUAUACAGACAGAAGCGUUCAUUGACAGAAGGAGAUAAAAUGUUGUCGAAUGUUUGUCCAUCUACAGGACAUCAUUUUGGUUGUUGUACACAACCACUGUCUGUAAAAUUUGCAGAUAUUGGCUGGGAUAAUUGGAUUAUACAACCGAAAGCUUUUCAAUUGAAUUAUUGUCUUGGAUCAUGUAAAAUUACGUCAGCAAAAGGUCUACAUUAUGAUGUCAUGGAUAUGAUAUUACGCAAAAAUUUAUCACAAUUCGGUAAUAUACAACCGGAUGAAAUACAAUCAUGUUGUCAUCCAACAGAUUUGGCUAGUAUGGUUGUUCUCUACUUGGACUCAAAUCGUGAAUUACAACUGCACAGAUUGCACAAUAUAAUUGUUUUAGGAUGUGGUUGCAAUUAA